UCCAAUGGACUCUGUUUGCAAGCUAAAUCCCUACAAAUUCCAAAAAAGAAGACAAUCUUAUAGCUGUUAACUAAAUAAAAAAAUUGGUGCUGCAACCUGCAGAAAAUAAACCUCUGCCUCUUCUUCAACAAUGGCGGAGCAUCUGAAACUAAGGAGGCCGACCAGAAGCCAAACCAGUCCAGACCCAGUGUUGGAAAUCCCAUCUCUAAUGCACUCCACUCGUUCUAAAUCUACCAACAACGAAACAAGCAAGAAGAAAGCCAACCCUUUUAGCCAGUCCUCCCUCAGAGGACUCGGCUGCACCGCAUCUGCGUCGCAGCAGGUAUCGGUGCCCGCCUUGAUAAGCUCGUCAGCCGAUUGGGAAGCCAAUAAAGUAAAGAAGAAGAAGAAGAAGAAGAAGACAAGCAAUAAGAUGCACCAUCAUCAGCAAGGUGUGGUUUUGAACGAAGGGAGUGGCUAUAACAUGAGCUGUGGGGUGGUUCAGGAUGUCUGGCGCGGGCCUGGAAUUGGGCUGUCGGCGGAUGCUGUUGGCUCUGUGGAUCGUGUUGUGGCUAGGAGAAAUGUGCCUGCCAGAGGGAAGAUUGACCUUGAAAAGCUUAACCACAGGGAGCCUUCUUGCACGGCAAGGCGGCCUGUAAAUCCUGAAAUGCUCUCCUUUCUUGAUUCGGAUUCGGCCUUCAUCUCGUCACGUCCUAAACCCGAUUUCUUUGGAGCUAGAUACUAUCGUCAUGCUCGGCAUCCUUCUCUGGAGGGGCUUGCUGAGAUGAUGAUGCUACAGAACAAUUUGAUAAUGGGGGCACGUGAUCGAUUCAGCGUCUGGAGGCUUGAUAUCGAUAGCAUGUCGUAUGAGCAACUACUGGAGCUCGGUAACAAAAUCGGUUAUGUCAACACGGGAUUGAAAGAAGAUGAGAUGAGCAGAUGCCUGAGAAAGAUGAAGGGGUCGAUUAUGGGAAACAAGUGCAGCAUUUGCCAGGAGGAAGACGAAGAAGAUGAAGAGAAGAUGAAGAACUAG